AUGUUACAACCAUCUGGUUAUUACGAAAUUAGUAAUAAUUCUGGUAACUCUUCUUCAAUUUGCGGUUCAGAUUCACUUAUAACAACACCAUUUUCGGUUAAGGAUAUUUUAAAUUUAGCAGAAUCGGAUAACCCAUAUUUACAAAACGAAGGAUUAUCACAACAUCCUGUAAAUUACAUGGACUACGAAUCGUAUAACACAACUGAUCAAACGUCAUCAGGACAAUAUAUAUCACAUAAUGGGUAUUUAUCACAUCAAUAUGGUGGUGCUUCAAAUAAUUCUUAUGAGUAUUCAUCUAUGUCAGGAACGACACCGACAUCUUCACAAUAUUAUCAUCAUCCACAUUCUUCAUAUUCUAAUCAUCAUCAUCAUUAUCAUCAUCCACAUCCUCAUGCUUCAUUUCAUACACAUCAAAGUUAUCAGUAUUCUGCGACAACUAAUCCAUAUGCAUCGACAACAAAUCUUCAAGGAUAUAAUUCACAUUAUCAACAAUCACCGUCAUUUCUGCCUAAUGAAAAUAAUAAUUUAAAUAAUGAUAAUACAGAAAAUAUAGCAACAAUAUCAAUUAUUGAUGAUAAUAGUAGUUAUCAAUCACGUAAUUCAUCAGUUCCACCAUAUAUGUCACCAUCAUCAUCAACACCUGCCGAUAUAAUAAAUCCCUUAGAAUCUUCGAUGACGGCAACAUCUUCGCCACAUUGUUCAAGUAUAGAAAAACAAAGUCCUGUUUCAUCACCAGUGACACAACAACAAAACAGUUGCGCUACCUCAGAACAUGUUCGAGAUCUAGAAAAUAUUUGUCAAAUUAUUGAUCCCAAUUCACAACAAGUCGUAACAUCAUCUCGUGCUGAACUACGUAAAAAUGGCAAACUGAAAACGAAAAGAAAGCCACGUGUACUAUUUUCUCAAUCACAGGUACUAGAACUUGAACGAAGAUUUAGACAGCAAAAAUAUUUAUCAGCACCGGAACGUGAAGUUAUGGCCCAACAAUUGAAUUUAUCACCAACACAAGUUAAAAUUUGGUUUCAAAAUCGCCGAUACAAAUCAAAACGUCUUCAAAUCGAAACAGCAGUUAAUGCGAAAGAUAAUCAAAAGUUAUGCAUUAAUAAAUUACCAACAGUAUCUGACAGUAGUAAGUCAAUGUUAGCAUUAAAAAAUGAAAAAGAAAAAAAUAUUGUAACGUCAUAUCAAAAUACGAUGAAUAUUCAGAAUGUGAUUGGGUCAAACCCAGUACAACGACACAACUUGGGACAUAAUUUAAGUGUGGCACCACCGCCACCACCACCACCACCACCCCCACCAUACCCAGGUUAUCAGUUAUUAUCAUAUGAGCAUCAAGAUUCUUAUUCAAAUCAUCAUCAUACAAAUGGUUUAUACACAACAUCAACCGGUGAACAUUAUGACCAGAAAAGUCAUAAUUUAAAUAAUUAUGAUAAUCGUACAAAAAUAAAAAUGUUUUUAACAUCUCAUGAUGAAAAUAAUCAAAGGUGUAAUUAUUCAAGAGAUUGUCCAAUUGAUAUGAGAAGAUGUAACAGUGAUUCAGAUUGUGAUUCACCUCCACCAUCCGGUUUCAAUCAAAUGCAUAAUUCUGAUGAGAAUUUAAAUAAUAAUCGUAAAAAACGAUCACGUGCCGCAUUUAGUCAUGCUCAAGUUUUUGAAUUAGAACGACGUUUUGCUCAGCAACGUUAUUUGUCUGGGCCCGAAAGAGCAGAAAUGGCAAAAACAUUACGUUUAACUGAAACACAAGUUAAAAUAUGGUUUCAAAAUCGUCGUUAUAAAACAAAACGUAAACAAAUACAACAACAUGAAGCAGCAAUAUUAAGUGCUAGUAAACGGGUACCUGUACAAGUAUUAGUACGUGAUGAUGGACAUUAUGCACAUAUUUUUGGACAAGGACAUUAUCCACACGGUUUAGAUCCAACUUUGAUAAAUAUUUAUAGACAUCAAUUACAAAUGGCAUAUGGUGUUCCAUUACCACAAGUACCAUUUCCAUAUUUUUAUCCAACAAAAAUUCCAACUGCUAUACCGCCGCCACCACCGCCUCCAUCAACAAUAACAUCAACAACUCCAACAGUAACAAAUUCUUUAACAAAUAGCAAUAUAUCGUCUCCAACAUCAGUUUCAAAUGAUGAUACAAAAGUUUUACCACAAAGUUUUCCAUCAAUUUCAAACAGUAAUAAUAAUAGCACUUCAAAAGUUCCAAUAAAUUUUUGUAAAUCAGAUGAACUUAAUCGUACAGAUAAUAAUUAUUCUAUUGAAUCACCAUCAGAUAGAAUUAAAGAUUCAGUUACACCGCAAUCACUUACCGAAAACAAUAAUAGUAACCAUAAUAGUGGCGAAAAUUUUCAAACAACAUCA